UGAAUGCAAAGAUACAAGGAUGGCUGUUCUCCUCAUGCUAAUGAGGUUUAGGUCAUGUUGAGUUCUACUUUUGCUCUAUGGGAUGUUGGAUAUCACUUAAACACCUAUGGCUCCAUCUUCAUCAUUCUCCUAAUUAUCUGGCAAGUGAAAAGGUUUGGAUUGAGAUUGGGACCUAAAAAAAGCUGCUGCCAGCAUCACCAAAAAGUGAGGCAAAGGGCUAGAGAUGCAUCAUCAAGAGCUAGGAGACUUUCCCAGGAAGAAGCUGAGAAGCCCCAGGAGCUGGUCUCUGUUAUGAAAAGUCAGGGCUGGCUUCCUGAGGAAGGAAAUGUGCGGCGGCUCCUGUGCACAGAUCACUGUUGCCAAACCUGCAAUGAUGUGACUCUCGAGAUUCGGCAAUCUGUGGAUGAGGACAGCCAGAUCUCCCUCACAUUAUCACCGACAUCACAGGGUUCCUCUUGCCUACAGACGUUGUCCAUGUCUAGUGUGUCUGAAGGUUUGUACUGGCACUCCAGAAAACUUUCCUUGACAUCUGUCACCAAAACACUGACACAAUGUACAGAUCAGAAACCCUUAAUCCAGUUAGCUGACCAGUCAACCAAUGAGGUCAGCUUUCAAGAUUAUUGGACAGAACAUCUACGGUUAAGGGAAACUUAUCUAGUACCAGAUGUGCCCCUGGAGCCAGAGACUAUGGUUUCUUCGAAGCUUGAGGAAUCCAAGAGUCCAGGGAACCAGGAGGAAAUGCCACAAAGCAGUCUCAGUCUUUUUCAUAGGAAUCAUGGCCAGCAGCCCAUUAAUGCCCAGAUCUCUUUGCUGUCCUUGACACCAGAGAUAAAUAACCUGACAAAUUCUAUGGCUUCACAUGUGGUCUCAGUCCUCCCUGUCCACUUGUCAUUCCUCAGUUCCAAGGUUCUGAGACUUCUUGAGGUACAUGUUAAAAAAUGGAUGCAUAUCCAGAGAUGGGGGCUCCCCAAACGUGUGGAGGAGUCUCUGAGGCAAUUUAUACCUGAUUUCACAUUGUUUUAUGAACCUAGAAGAAAACAACCAUUUUACCCCAUAUCAAAUAUUAUUUCUAAGUGGCCAGGGAAGCCCAGCUCAGUCCUCACCAGGAAACUACUCUUCUUCCCUGAGCCUGCCCGUAGGCUGCUAGAAUUCCACCUCCAGAAGCAGUUGAUUCACCAUCGCUGGGGCUUGCCCCAGAAGAUCCAGCAGUCCAUCCAGCUGCUCCUCUCCUCCAAUGACCAGCAGACCCUGUCCUGGGGCAGCACAGCCCUCACCAGUAUGAGCGUCGCUCCUUCUACAGCUCUACAGGCCAGUGAGGCCGGGGACCUGCUCUCACCAAUUGUGGCCCCAGUGUUGAUCCCCAUGCCGUGCUUUUUUGCCCAAGCAAAGGCAAUAUUGAAGAGCCACAUUGACUCCAAAUGUGGACAGAUCCUCCAGGGCAAGAUCCCUGCCCAGGUAUACAGCUCCUGGGACCACAGAAUUACUGGGAACCUGGCAAUGGCUCCCCUCUUCUGCAUUCCAGAAAGCCAGCCCCUGGAACUGCAAGCAGCAAGUGACCCUGACCUACAUCAUCAAGUUAUGCCCUGGAAGCCCAUGGCCCCUGAUCUGCAGCAGCAGGCCUUACCAAGUGCUGCUGCUGAACAUCCUAAGCUGACCCAACCCCUGUCUGAAGGAGCCAUUGAGAAACUGGAGACGACUCUACGGCACAAGUAUCUGGCCUUUCUGUCAGGGCUGCCUUCUCUCUACUAUGUGGCUCUCUCCAGAGCUGUGGCCCCGGCAAGCAACAGCCAGUCAGUAAACGCAGAGAGGGUACCUGGGCCUGGGCCUAUCGAAAUCUCAGCACAGCCCCCGACUCAGAUGAUCCCAUCUGAAGAACAGUGUAAGAGUCCUGGGCCAUGCCUUCAGGAUGAUGAGACUUGUACAGACAUUACAGAAGAUGUCCAGCAUGAAGUGCAGGUGGAUGGAACAAUGGAGACAGUGCUUCUAGAAAGCUACAUACAUCCUGUCAGACCCCGCUCAUUCAGUACACAUAUCUUGAUCAAGCUCAAUUUUCACCUGAGAAAAAAAGGCUUAGAGAUACAACUGGGAAUUCCCAUAAGGGCACGGGAGUCCAUGGAACAAACUGCAGCAGUCCCAGAGAACAUAUCCACACAAGAGUCCCUUGGGGGUCUAAACAACCAAGAAAACCCACUGCUCCAAGAACUGCCCAUUGGAUUAGACACACCUCAUGCCACAGCAGAGUGGAUCCACUGUAAAGAACAGCUGGCCACUGAGUUGAAGGCAGUGAAGCAGAAUCAAAAUCAACCUAUUUCCAAAACAGUGCCCUGUGGCUCUGCUCAGUGGGCCUCCAAGAUCUCUCAACCCACUGGGGAUAUGAUAGACACCCAUGUCCUUUGUGUUCAGGUGGAGUCCAGUGUGAAGAACACCAGUGUGGAAGAACUCUUGACCCAAAGUCCAGGUAAGAGCAAGGACUCAGCCCAAGUCCUUACACUGGCAGAAAUGAGAGAGGACCCAGGGAAGCCCAAAACAGGUGGGGACCAUGGUGAAGGAGAUGCAGGGCUUGGGCUCUUCUCAGCCACAGAAGAAAGACAUGCUAAGGAAGACAAUAGGUCAGUAGGGGUGCUUCUGAAUAGGAGACCCCAGGGCUCCUGGCUCUGGAGUCGUUUCCAUCUUGCUGACCCCUGUCGUCAAAGCCCCCGGUAUCAAUCUCAGUUUAAGUUUCCAGGAAUCCCUGGAAGGAAAGAAUCUGAGAAUGACUUGCAAGUUAGUCAAACCAGGCUCAAACCAGCAAGGACUUCUGAAAAUGUCCACCGGGAUUCACUUGGCAAACCUUUCCCAGGUCAACUAAUUCAAGGUAAGCCUUUGCAGGGCCAAACUUGGCAAGGUCAGUCUUUGCAGGACCCUGGGAUGCCAGCCCAUACUUACAAAAGGCCCACCCUUCCAGAAUCUAGCUUAAUAAACAAAAUGAAAUCCUUUCUUAUUAACUCCAAGACAAAAGACAGAAGGUAUGAAGAGUCCAUGCUCUCUGCACAUGAGAAAGUGCCCAAAUCUAGAAAAGAAAAUGCUAAGAAAAGCCUGAUUCCACCCAAAUGCCCUAUGGGAAGAACUAAGAUGGAAAAGAUAUCAAGUCACCGCAAGGCCCAACCUCCCCGCACGGAAAAGUCGGCGAGUCCAACCUUCUUGGAUUGUCCUCAUUUCCCAGACAAUAAACUCCGAUUACGCUCCAGACAUCAGGGUUCCUCCUCAGUCCCAGACCACCCCCACCACUGCCCUUGCCACUGUCCUCGUAUAGCUUAUGCCACCCAAACGGAACUAGCCCUCACCUAGAAACCUAGCUCCUAACCCUCACCUCAGAAACACUGUUCUCAAAUAGAAUGUCCAGAGCAAUGAAGGAGUCUAUAUGCUCCCCAAUCCCUGCAUAUCUAGAAGAGGACUGCUAUUGUCAUUUCCAUUAAUGUGCAGGUGGGGCGGAGUGC